AUGGGCGCAUCAUCUUCGAAACCCGUGAAAUCGGCCGCUCAGGCUGCCACGCGCCGUCAAUAUCCCAAGAAACCUUCUGCUCCAACCUCCGCUCCCUCCUCCGCUCCAACGCCGCCACCAAAGACUCGCAAAGAACCGGAGACAAGUCAUGCUGGACCGACAUAUCACUCUAAGGAACGGCCGUCUCUAGUGAAAUCCAACGCCAUCGACAUGGACGGCCGUGACCCUGAUUUCGCCGCUUCCCUCCGCAGCAUUGGACCCGUCAAUCCCGUUCCAACGUAUUCCCACACCAGCACAUUCUCCCCGCAGCCGUCUCAACAGCGCGGGCCGGCACAACCUGCUGUCACUCCGGCAUCGAAUCCAGCUCUAUUGGUCUACCACGCUCGCGAGAAGAUGAACAAGGCGGCCAAGUACGAAGUCGAGAACGUCGGUCGGCCGAGCUUCACGGGCCGGGAAUUCCUAGAUGCGGUGACUAUCCGACAGGCGCUGUCGAUGCGCGAUCGUCAGGGUAUCCGACCAGGAGAGAUCGAGAGGAUCUUGCGGUUGAAGACGGGUGUGGUGGAUCGGCUGGGGAAACAGGGCGUUGUGUCGGAGCUCGUGUAA